UCUGGUGGUAUCAAGCCAUGGAUGUUGUUGUACAGGCUGUUCGGCACCAAACUGGACUGAGCCCCGUUUGCGUUUAUUGCGUUUUUUGCAGCAAUCAUUGCGUUCAGUACAGUGAUCUGCAGGCCCCGGUUGGCAGGCGUGUGAUUGUUACUCGUCCUGGUUGGUUUCGGGGGGCACAGUCUUGAAUACACCCGGUCGAUCUCCUGUGACGACGAUCGGCUGGCAUUGAUGUCUCGAUGCGGGAGUGCGGUGCAUUCAUUCAACUAUCUGUUCUGACUGCAGAUCAAAGCCAGCCAUUCGAAGAGCAGCCUCACCAUCACUCGGGGCCGGGGCGUUUGGUGUCGGUGCUGGGACAACGAAAUGCAACGUCCGCCAUCGGACGAGCAGAGGGGCGGAUCAUGCAUGACCCUGUGCGUCCUGGGCCGCUCUGCAAGGGCGGCCGUGAGUCACCGAAUGAGUCAACGGUCAUACGAAGUGGCUCGUGGCUGUCGGUUUUAGCGGUCGGGCCGUCCAGCAAGCGCGCCGAGGGACACCAUGGACCCACGAUGUUGCCGUUGUCCGCGCGAUGCCUGCCCUGUGUCGAGGUGUGCAAAUCCAUGGGGGGUACCGCGCUGGGCCUGAACGUGCAUGGCCACGAUGUCUGUUUUCAGCGGCGGCCGACUUCACAGCGCCGCCGCUGGAGCCAAACGAGAAACGACACAAAACGACAGAGCGCCGGAGCCGAAUGAGGCACGGUGCGAGGCGAGCGGAUGUCGGACAAGCGGCACCCGGCGCAAAACAACCAAGUCCGAUGCGGGUGGGUGAGACGAGGGAUCAGAGGCCGUGCCACCAGGCGGUCACGGCGCCUUGCUGACGAGCACGGCCUUGUGAGGCCAGUCGGUGGUACACAGAUCCCGUGAGAGAGAGGCCAUUGCCAACUUCUUGUUUGAGAGCGCGCCGGAUGAACCAGAGCCA